CCGCUCUCGACGUACCGCUCGCUUCCUAGGCCCAUACGAGUGUGUCACAAGCUUGAAGAAGAAAGAAAGAACCAGGUAACUUUCGCCAAAGGUCAUGGGGAGGCUGUGUCUCGGCGCGUGGAUGGCGGCCUCGUGUCUCUCCGUGGCUCUCCAUCCCGUCCAGGGCGCCCUUCGCGUCGCGGUGGCCGGGGAGGAGCCCUUGAGGUUGCCGGUGCUUUUGUCCCGCACCGGCCUGGCCCGCCGCGGACUCCCUUGGCCCCGUGCCCGCAUAGCCAACGAGGACCUGCAGACGGCAGACGAAGGGGAGUGGGCCCCCAAGCCCUCCUCUCAAGGGCUGCCGUACGAAUACCCCGAGGCCGACGUCGGUGAGCCUCGCCGGAGCAGACAGGGGCGCAGAGGUGCCCUUGGUCAGCCGACGGAGCCACGCUUCGUUGUCAGGGACCAAAAGGGAUUCAGGCAGAUGAAACGCGCGUUCAGCUUGUGGGCGGCGCUACACAAGCCCGUCGGCUACGAAGCCAUCGUCAAACCCGUCGAGCCCGAGGGCGAGACGCCCCUCAGACCCGUCGGCGUCAAUCCCCUUCGCUGGGGAAGAUAACUGGUUUGUCCCCACGCCCGCGGAGAGAAGGAUGAAGAGGGGAGAGAAGUACUCCCUUCCUACAAGCGUCGGUCACAAGCUUGAUCGAAAAUACCAUGCGAAACUGCAUCUCACAUACGCUGUAUUGAACACUAUAUAGACUAUAGUCUUCAUUACUUGUUGUCAGGAACCGCCUGUUAUUUAUGUAAAUUUUAAUUAAUUUUGUGUUGAAGUCUGUGAUCUUCUUGUUCUUAUAAAAACAUGCAAUAUCCUCACCAUCAUGUCAAGUGCUGUUAUGCCGCCUUUCUUUACUGUUGUGCGGAACCAUUUUCUCUUGUUAUCUUCAUCUGCUCUCCGCAUUUCAUUUUGCUGGAAAUCAUGUUCUUCACUUUAUUCUCCAUUCUUUGUGGAUUUUCUUAAAAAGGUGUUACGAGUCGUUUAUUUCAAAAGUGUGAAUAAAGCGAUCUGCCAACA